UCGGCUUCCUUCAACUUCCGAUCUCUUUUUUUAAGUCUUUUGUCCCAAAAAAAAAAAUCCGAUCUCGUAACUCUUCUCAUAUCUCUUACUUCGAACCCAUAAUCAUUAAUGGGAUAGCUAAGUUCUGCUCUUUCAAGAUGCAGACUUUUAAGGAAAAAGUCACAGACAAGCUAUCUCGCCUCUUCGCCGAUUCUCCGCAGACUACCCCUCAUCAGGGCAGCUCCUACUCUAAAGAGGGUAGAUCAUGGUCUUCAUAUUUUUCCUACGCCGUUCCUUCUGUCAGCUUCAGUGGAUCCAGGACAAGCAACCAGCAAUAUGAUCUUAAACCAAUUCAAGUUGCAUAUGAUAAUCUAGAGUCUCAAGAUGAUCCAGAUGAAUAUGUUGAUUUUAGUCCAGUGUGUAAAAGCAUGGAUUUUUUGAAAGAUAAAAAUAAACAUGAAGAUCAGGUCUCCAGAAGGACUAGUUGCAGUUCGGAAGUUUUUGAAGAAGCAAAUGGGCCGCAAACUCCUAAUUCUUCGAAGAAGCCCCGGGUCAAUCUGACUGAUGAGUCUAUUUUUAUUUCACCUGAGUUGUAUGAAUUUUUUGAGUCCUGCCUCCCUAAUAUAGUUAAAGGGUGUCAAUGGGUCUUACUUUAUAGUACUUUGAAACACGGAAUAUCACUUCGUACGCUAAUUCGCAAGAGCGCCGAACUUCCUGGUCCUGGAUUGCUAAUUGUCGGAGAUAAGCAAGGUGCUGUUUUUGGUGGGUUGCUAGAGUGUCCUUUAAAACCUACAGCAAAGCGAAAGUAUCAAGGAACACACCAAUCUUUUGUUUUUACGACAGUAUAUGGUGAACCAAGGUUGUUUCGGCCCACUGGUGCAAAUCGGUACUACUACACGUGUUUGAAUGACUUACUUGCACUUGGUGGAGGUGGUAAUUUUGCUUUAUGCUUGGAUGGAGAUCUGUUGAAUGGAACUAGUGGACCUUGCGACACAUUUGGAAGCUCAUGCCUGGCUCAUAGUCCAGAGUUUGAGUUAAGGAAUGUUGAGUUCUGGGGCUUUACUCAUGCUUCCCCUUACCUUGCGCAAGGCUGAUUCGUGUGUGUGGAUAUCAGCAAAGUAGCGUCUCCCCGCUUGCGUUUGCUUGCUGGCCUUCUAUUCCAUCCUUCACUUCUAUUAAAUAACUUACCAGAUGCAGGUUUUAGUCAAAUAGAUUCCAUGCUUGGAAUUAUGCAGUAGGAGGUUUUGUUAUUUAAAGCCGUAUGAUCUUUUGCCCGAUCCAUGAUCCGGAGCGGUUGGGUUAUUUUGAGCCCGAUCAUUGUUGUGUUGGGCCGGUUUGCUUGGGCCUACUGGGCCAUACUGAUCCUUGGAUCGGUCAACAUGUGCCAGCCGGCCCUCACUAGAGACCCUAAAGAAAAAGUCAGCACAUAAGUUAUGAAACAUGAAGGGGAGGAUUAUAUUUAUCUUGUGGCAGCAUUAUUAAUUA